CCUCCUCCUCUCUUCAAAUAGCUCGGUUCUCGUCCGCGCCGUCGUCCUCCUCUCCUUCAGUUCUUCCUCUGCUCUCCUCUGCCUGUCAUGGCUAGUAACGACAUUGAGAAAACGAGCUUCAGCGAGGAUGGCGAGCGCAAUAACGCCGUCGUACCCCAAUACACUGGCCUCAAAGGGGUCUACUAUAAGCCGAUUACUCAAGUAAUCAUGCUCGGCUUUGUCUGCUUCAUGGGCCCUGGUCUCUUCAAUGCUCUCAAUGGUCUUGGUGGAGGAGGUCAACUCGACCAAACUACGGGUGCCAAUGCCAACGCCGCACUCUACGCAACAUUCGCAGCAAUGGCCUUCUUUUCAGGAUCUGUCAACAACAAACUAGGCUCGCGUCUGACGCUCCUGUUGGGUACUUUUGGAUACUCGCUUUACAUCGGCUCAUUUUUGGCAUUUAAUAUUCACCGAAAUCUCGGAGGUUUCGUAAUCGCCGCCGGUGCGAUUCUUGGAAUAUGUGCAGGGCUCCUCUGGACAGCUCAAGGCUCAUUGAUGUUGGCAUACCCGACAGAGGAUCAAAAAGGCUGGUUCAUCGCUGUCUUUUGGGGAAUCUUCAACUUGGGUGGCGUUGUUGGAUCAGCGGUCGCCUUUGGUCAGAAUUUCCAUGCUACGUCUGGAGGAGUUGGAAAUGGAACAUACAUUGGGUUCAUCGUCUUGACCGGAAUUGGUGUCUUGAUUCCUCUAUGUAUGGCUAAUCCGCACAAGAUGAUUCGAAGAGAUGGUACGAAGGUCACUCCUCCGAGGCAUCCGUCAUGGAAGACAGAGCUCUAUGGUCUUUACCUUGCUCUCCGAACGGACCCCGCAAUCAUCCUCCUGUUCCCAAUGUUCUUCGCUUCCAAUUGGUUCUACACAUGGCAGUUUAAUGACUAUAAUGGCACACUCUUCAACAUUCGCACGCGUUCCUUGAACAGCUUCGUAUACUGGACUUCGCAGAUCUUUGGUUCUCUAGCGAUCGGUCUUAUCCUUGAUAACAAGCGCCUCACUCGUCGUGCUCGUGCAUUCACCGGAUGGACUAUCCUCUUCGGUAUGGUCUUCGUCGUCCACAUUUGGGCUUACUUCUACCAGAGGAAGUACACCAGAGAAACUAUACCCCCUCUCAUCGACUUCAGCGACAGCUCCUACCCACAACACGUCUGGCUCUACAUCUUCUGCGGUCUUCUCGAUUCAAUGUGGCAGACAGCAGCGUACUGGAUGAUGGGAGCCAUUUCGAACGACCCUGGUAAACUAGCCUACCUCACUGGUUUCUAUAAAUCUCUCCAGUCGGCUGGUGCGGCGGGAAUAUGGCGCGCGGAUGGUGUUGGGUUACCGUUCAUGAACAUCUUCGCCUCAACUUGGGCUUUACUCGUCGCUGGUCUUCUCUGCGCACUUCCGAUGCUCGCCGUGCGUGUCAAGAACACUACUGGCAUUGAGGACGAGGUUGUCGCUCGUAUGGACGACAGCGGACGCGUACAACCAGUGGAGAAAGUCGUAGGACAUUAACCGCCUAUUUCGCUUGUAUAGUACCACUUUUUGAUUAUCAUCCGUUGUUGGGAUUAUAUGUCGUCGGGGCUUUCUUCCGCCGUGUUGUUCGUUACCCUCUAUUUCCAUCUGACUUUCUUUCUUCCUUUCGAGAUGCUACACGAUUUCGUCAUGUUUUGAGACGUUGCUGUUGAUCGUUCAUCGUUGAUCUAUCAAUAUAUAUGUAAUGACCUGUUCGUAUGACGGAAUACGGUAUACCUGCAUAUCCUGUUAUAUCUAGGUACAUACAAAUUUGAAUAUCACACACAAGGACUCCUACC